AUGACGACUGUCAAGUGGCAUUCCCCCCGUGCUUAUGUCGUUGGUGCCCAGGAGACCCCUUAUCCUAUACAUGACUGUGUUGGAUGGGUCGAUGGGGUGUAUGCUGGGGCAGCAUGUCGUGUCCGGAAAGAGGGAACGGGCAUACCUUUCACGAUAAGGUUGGGCUUUGACUGUACAAAUAACAUUGCUGAAUACGAGGCAUGCGCCCUUGGGAUCCAAGCAGCAAUUGACUUCAAGGUCAAAUUGCUUAAGGUAUAUGGAGACUCAGCCUUGGUGAUCCAUCAAUUGAAAGGAGAAUGGGAGACCAGGGAUCACAAGUUGAUACCCUAUCAGGCUUACAUCAAGAAACUGACAGAGUUCUUCGAUGAUAUCUUUUUUCAUCACAUUCCUAGAGAGGAGAAUCAAAUGGCCAAUGCGCUCGCCACUUUGGCAUCCAUGUUUCAGCUCACCCCGCAUGGGGGCUUGUCGUACAUCAAACUCAGAUGUCCUGGCAAACCCGUGCAUUGUUGCUUGAUAGAAGAGGAGCAAGAUGGUAAACCAUGA